GUAGAGAAAGUACAGGUUCGGGGAUGGCUUGUUAACCAUGGCGGAUUUGGAGGCCAUGAACAAGGAUGACUUCUCCACGAUUGGGGCGUUUGUGCACGAGUUUAAAAGGAAGGCGCGAAAGGUGCACGGGAUCUCCGAAGAAACGCAGUGCGUCAUAUUUUUGGGUCUGCUUACUCGCUUGGAGGCCUCGGAGCUGAUGGGUCACGGAGGGGGAAAUGAGAAACUCACCUGGGCCACUAUCGACAAAAGGGUGGAAGAGGGGAGCCUGGACCAGGUGGAGCAGCACCAGGUGCGGCUGCAAAGGCGCAAGAGAAAGGAAAGGGACGCCACCGCGUCCGGGACCCCAGGAGUGAAGAGGAUCGUCACGGACGUAUUGGCAGCGCUAGGGUAUGAUAAUGAGGCGGAAGUGCAGAAGAGGGGGGUGACCGUGGCCCAAGGCCGGGCGUCCGGGGCAGUGGAAGAGGAGGCUAGGCGCGAGGACUAUGGCAGAGAAGAAACGGGCUCCCAGAUUCUAACCAAGGCCCAGAGGAAGCAGCGGAAUUUACAAGUGGGGGGUCAAGGAUCCGGAAAAGGGCAGGUCCCGCAAGCGAUUGCUGCGCCGCCACCUGCAGCCACGACAACCCUGCAUCCUGGCCCAGUUGUAAUCACUGCACCUCGUGCGGGGGCAUUCAAACUCACCCCGGGCAAAUGGUCCCUUAUGCAGGCCCAGGGUCAGUUUGUGGCCCAACCGCCUCCCUCCCAACAGGCCUCGCAGGCUAGCGUGGCUGGUGGAGGAAACCAAGGACAAGGCGGACAAGGCAAUGGAGGACGAGGUCAAAGGGGUCGAGGAGGUGGCGGCCGAGGCCGGGGAGGAAGUGGUGGGGGUCGUGGAGGUGGUUUGAAUGGUCAAAGGGGCCAGAACCAAGGCGGCCGGGGCAGCCAGGACGGGGGCCAAGGGUAUGGGAGACCCCGCUUUGAUUGGCGAAAUGCCACCUGUUGGCAUUGUGGCGAUGUAGGCCACACUGUACGGUUCUGCGAGCGGCGGUGGGAGGAUGAAUUGUCAGGGAUAAUCUCCUCCUGUAUAGACGGGGAUAUAUAUGACAAGUGGGGUGAGCAUAUCGACCCCAGGACCCCGGGAGGAAUCAGGCAAGAGGCUCUCCGGCGGGCAGCAGCGGGACCCACAACACCCCCGACAAUGUUUAGGAUGUGGCAGGAGAAGGAAGAGCCGACCGUAAGAGUCGAGGAGAUUGUAGAGGAUAGUGAAGAGGUCACUCAGCGACUAAAGGCGGGGACUAUAAGGGAGGAGCCAACAGUCGUCGAAUCGGAUGACGAGGGGCAGGAAGGUGAAGGAGAGCCGGCCAUAGUCCUCCUGGGGAGGAUGGAAGAUCUGCUGGAAAAGGUGGGAAGGUACCUGCGGAAGUUGCAGGCCCUGUGUGAAGAAGCGCGAGAGUGGGAGGCCAAUCUGCCUGAGGUCUUCCUCUACGACUCCGGACCUGAGCCUUCGCCAGGCCAACAGGGGUACCCAAGAGUGGCGACUGUAGGGAUGGGCCCUAGGUCAGGUAUGGCCUAUAGACCCCCCACGUCGCAUGGGAGGGUGCCACAGGCGGCUCGGACUAGGAGCCAAAACAAGGUCGGGCCUAGCGAAGAGCCCAGUCAGGCACCCCCUCGAAAGGAGCCGGAGCCAGGACGCAGGAAAGAGGUGGUGGAGGUCCCGAAGGAAGAGGAAGAGGAUGAAGACGAAGAGGAUGAGAGGCUCCAACAAGAGGAGGAUCAGCGGGCGGAGUUGAGGGUCAAAAAGAGAGGAGCCCGGGAGGAGGCCGAGCCAAGCCUACCUGACAGUGUACCUAAGAGGAAGAAGUACGCGGUCCGAAUGGAGGAAGGUUUUGAUGUGGAACGGAUGGUGGACAAGCUCCUGAAAGGCCAUAAUGACUUAAUGAACCUGAAGGAUAUCCUGGCGUCGGCGCCGAGGCUCCGUGGGGAGUUGAAAGGGAACCAGAAGUGUACUGGGAUGGUGGACACGGGCGCAGAGAUGAACAUCAUCAGGGAGAAGGAGGCAGUGAUGAUAGGCAUGGAGAUCGACCGCUCGGACCAUGGCAUGCUCCACGGCGCUAACUGCAAGGCUGCCUUUUGCGACACGGCGUCAAAUGUGAUUAUAGAGAUUGGGAAGGUGCGAGCCAGGACCUGCUUUUUCGUUAUGCCUGAUGUCGAUCACCCCAUCCUUCUAGGGCGGUCGUUCCUGUGCCGAACGAAAAUGUUGAUCUUCAACAAGCACGACGGAACAAUGAUCCUGCUCCUGUGGGACCCGGCGUGUGGGAAUUAUAAAGUUAUCACCUGCCGAAACACGGGACCGGGGAGCGGGAGGAAUAGGCCCAAUCUAGGCUCGUUCACCUUUGAGGAGUCAGAGAACGAGCGGAGACGGCUCUGGGAAGUGCCCGAGGAGGAGGAUAAGGCUGAGGUGCUGACACUGAGCCUCACAAAUAUGAAUAAGGCCAUGGAGGUGGUGUCGGCUCAUGACAUGGCGGAUCCGGAGGCCAUUAAGGCAUUGAGGGAGCAGGUUUUGGAGAACCCUCAAGUGGGAGAGGUGGAGUUGGUGUAUCGGCUUUCAGGAGGGGGAGGAGGCCCUGCAAUGGCCCAGGCCCGAACGACAAAUAAGAAGUGCCGCCCAGUUCCCGUGCUCGUCACGGAGGAUGAGAAAGCCCACUACGAGCGGGAACGAGGAUUGAUACAGCGUAUGCGGGAGCACGCGUUGGUCGGGCCGUGCCGUAUCAACGACGAGAAUGAGGGGAAGUUGAUAAUCGGGGAGCCCGACUUCCUGUCGCCCCAGGAAAGAGCGUUGAUGGUGGGGCUGAUGAAGAAAAGGCACCGUGCGUAUGCUUUCAAUGACGAUGAGCGUGGGAGGGUGGAUGUGGACAAGAUCCCGAUGAUACGAAUCCACACCGUUCCGCACGAGCCAUGGAAUUUAAGGGGCGCGCCGUGCCCCAAUCUGGAUGAGGAAAAGAUGGUGGUGGACUACCUGGACGACAAAAUGCGGACGCACGUGGCCGAUUAUUCCAGUGGGUCGUACGCGUCGCCUUGGUUUUGUUUUAUUAAACCAAAUGGGACGCUAAGGUGGGUGCAAGACUUGCAACGGCUAAAUGCGGUGACAGUGCGGGACGCGGGAGGAUUGCCGAACGCGGACGCAUUGUCAGAAUCGUGCGCAGGGAGGCCUAUAAUCUCGCUUAUAGACCUCUACUCGGGGUAUGACCAAUUCCCCGUACACCCACCAGACAGGCCCGUAACGGCAAUGCACACUCCCAGAGGGCUGAUUCAUAUGAACGUGGCGCCUCAAGGUUGGACGAAUGCAGUGGCGAUGGUGCAAAGGCAUAUGAUCAGAGCCAUGCAGACGGUCAGCCCACAUAUCACUCAGCCCUAUAUCGAUGACCUGGCGGUCAAAGGUCCGAAGGAGAAGGAGGAAGAUGAAGUGAUGCCCGAUGUGCGGCGCUUUGUCUGGAAGCAUGUUCAAGACAUCGAUCAGGUUCAGGGGUUAUUGGAGGAACAUAACCUGACGGCGAGCGGCCCCAAAUCGAAACAUUGUAUGAGGGAGACCAUGAUUCUAGGGUUCGUCUGCAAUGAGAGUGGGCGGAGGCCUGACGUAAAGAAGACAGAUAAGAUUCUUGAGUGGCCAGUGCCCUUCCGCUCGAUAACGGAUGUGAGGAGCUUCCUUGGGACGUGCGGAUUUUGGACGAGCUUCGUGAAGGACUUUGCCACGAAGACGGAGCAUUUAAGGAAGUUGGUGCGCCAGGAUCAAGAAUGGGUCUGGGGCGAAGACCAGGAAGAGGCGAUCGGUAGGAUGAAGGUAGAGUUUAAGGAAGGAAGCUUGGUAUUGGGAGCGCCAAACUAUGAGGUCACGGAGGAAAGACCAUUCGUCAUUGAGACGGAUGCUGGGCCAACUGCCUUGGGAGGGGUCCUGAUUCAGACAGAUACUGAGGGGAAGGAGAGACCGCUAAGAUUCGAAAAACAGUUGCAUCGCCUCUAGUGUCUUGAACUUAGAAACAUACCUAUGCGAUCUUCAUAUGCAUAGUACCUGACACAUUUUCACUUUCUGGGUACUGCUUUCGGUUUGAGCUUAUGUAGGACCGAUUUUAGGUCUGACAUGAUGGGUUUGUUCGGAUAGCAAUUCAUAGUUGUACUUUCUAUGGGGGGAAAAAAAAAAAAAAAGUUGUUCUUUCUAUGUCUUUGGCCUCGUUUCAAUGAAUACCAGAUACGCAG